CCGGCAGUCGGUAGAAACUCACAUGUAAGAUAGUAACAACCGAGGCGGAGAAAUAAGCCCGCGGACUGGAGAAGUACUGAUCAAACACAACACGACGGCUGCUCUGACACUCUCGGAAGUUAAACAUGUUGUUUGGAGCACAAACCGGCGUUUUUGCGACAGAAAGCAUCGGAGGAGAGUUUAGUUCGUCCUCAUUCAUCGGAGGAGUUUCAAUGAAAAGUCUCCAACCUGUCACACGGCGCAAAGUCUGACUGUAAACAGUCGCAGUUUUAUAGAUUCAUGAAGACAGGCUUGAUUUAGAAACACUGCGCCGGGGGUUUCACAUGGUCGUUUGGGUGGAUGCAUUUACUUUCCGUUUUCAAUAGUUUAUCGUUGCAUUUCUAGACUGCAGGAUGCAUGUAAAGAAACCGACGAACUCUGAAGACCCUCAACGGGAUGACAUGAAGAAAAAGACUUCAUGCUUUUCAAAUAUUAAGAUAUUCUUAGUAGCGGAAUGCGCUCUGAUGAUGGCACAGGGCACAGUGGGCGCAUACCUGGUAAGUGUGCUGACCACACUGGAGCGCCGUUUCAAUCUUCAGAGCGCUGAUGUGGGCGUCAUUGCCAGCAGCUUUGAGAUUGGCAACCUGGCCUUCAUUUUAUUCGUAAGUUAUUUCGGUGCCAAAGCCCACCGUCCUCGAUUAAUUGGCUGCGGGGGCAUCAUCAUGGCCCUGGGAGCGCUGCUGUCUGCAUUACCGGAGUUCCUCGCCAGUCAAUACAAGAUCAUAGACUCCUGGAGCAAAGAUCUGGGGCGAGAUGUGUGUUCUAAUACCUCCAAAGUAGACGAACUGUGUGGGAAUAGAGCCAACACCAACAUGAUGUACCUGCUUCUGAUCGGCGCACAGGUCCUGCUGGGAAUCGGGGCCACACCCGUGCAGCCUUUGGGUGUGUCCUACAUAGACGAUCACGUACGAAAGAAAGACUCGUCUCUCUAUAUAG